CACAGUGUUUCCCCAACAUUUCUGCCGAAGAGUCCACCGUUCUUCUCUCUCCUGUUUGGUUCUCUCUCUCUCUCUCUUUCUCUCUCUCUUGCAUUUGUACGCAGAGUCUGUAAAAAUCAACUUUCACUACAAUCUGUUUAAGUUCGUUAAACCCCAAAAUUGGUCCUAACCAACUGUACAGCCAUCAAAUACAGAGUUCUUCUGAGAGUUCUCUGAAGGUCGCACGCUGUUCGAUUUAGCCCAAAUCAACAACAAAGAAGAGUCUUGAUGUGUGAUUGAUUAGAUGCUGUUCGUUAUCGAACUCCGAUCUUGUAGGGCUGAAUUAAGCUUUGGGGAUAUUUCAAUUUUUCAGUUCUCUUCAACUUUCACUCAAUUCCGAGCAAGAAAACAGAGGAUUUAGGGUGUUGUGAGAGGAGAUAAUAAAGAUGUCAAGACCAAUGUUGCUUGUUUUUCUCUUGAUUAUACUGAUAAUUACAUCUCAAUUUGAAUGGAAGCAACAACUUGUGAGUGAUAUUGAGGCGAAUCCGAAUGUAUCCCAGAAGCAACAACAAAUUUCCAAGAGAGAAGAAGCUGUUAAAGAGAAGAUCAUCUUAUCACAAGAAAAGAACAUUCAGAGACUUAAUGAGCUUGUACGGAGUCUUCGGGAACAAUUGCUACAAUGCCGGAGCAAUAACGAUAAAUUGAAUGGCACUGUAAGUUCGUUGACUGAAAGUGUUAUUGAUCUUGAGCGGCAGCAGAUUCUGGAGGACUAGAAGGGACUCCAAAAUUCCUUUUAUCAUUCUUUAUGGUAUGUGGAAGUAGUAUGACCUUUUUUUUCCUGCCCAAGUUUUCCUUUGCAGCUUGUGUCUGUAAGUUUAGCAUCAUUUCCUGUUUAAUUGAAACAAUUAGGUGUUGAAAAGUCUCAGUAUUCCCCGUCAAUAGUCACAUAUUUGUAGAAAUCUCAUUGUUCUAUGGUGUCACUCUCUGUCUGCUGCUGCACCCACUCAAAAGUUUAUUUGUGCCUUGAGAAGUGAAGAUAUUGCUAUAACGACCCCUUGUAAUAAUUCCAGAAGUAAUUGAUUAAAAGCCUGAAACAUGGAAGGCAAAGUACUAAAGAACCAAAAAGAGAAAGAACAAAUCAAAAUCAGCUUCCAGUUGCUUGAUGUUUGUGGUUAAAAUUUGCUAUUUGUCAAAGUAUAGUACCUAAAAUUGAGAUUUCCUCUGACACUGGUUUUCCUUUGCUUGCACAUUUUGGAUGCUUUCGUCCACUGUGUAAUUGGAUUCUUGGAAUUCUAUAAUGGAAUUUUUUUUUUCUUUCAAAAA